AUGGCUGGAUCACCGUGCCACCCAGACUGUGUGAAUACUGCUGCACCACUGUGCCACCCAGACUGUGUGGAUACUGCUGCACCACUGUGCCACCCAGACUGUGUGGAUACUGCUGCACCACUGUACCACCCAGAAUGUGUGGCUACUGCUGAACCAAUGUGCCACCCAGACUGUGUGGAUAUGGCUGGAUCACUUUGCCACCCAGACUGUGUGAAUACUGCUGCACCAUUGUGUCACCCAGACUGUGUGGAUACUGUUGCACCUCUGUGCCACCCAGACUGUGGGGAUACUGCUGGACCAAUGUGCCACACAGACUGUGUCGAUACUGAUACACCAAUGUGCCAUCCAGACUGUGUGGAUACUGCUGCACUACUGUGA